AGCCAAGAACGCCAAACCGCAGGGCGCCGCGGUAGUGUUUCUCUUUUUAAGUCUGGUCGGUGGGCUGCUGUGGCCCAUGACCCUCACAUGGCACCUUUACUACUUCCUCCUUUUGAGCCACCAUGUGAUGGCUGAUGUCAUGACAGCACUGGCAGGAGACGAUGAAUGCUUGGCCAAUGGAUGCUCCACUGAUCUUUUGCAGGUCAACCGAAGUUCAGGCAAGCACGACACCCUACCCACGUCUGGUGCUCCAAAUGCCACUGCUCCGUCAAGCAGCUUUGGCAAUGCAAGCCACAUGGGCAAUGCAAGCCAUGCAUCCAAUAUGACUGACGGUGACCUGACGUUGAAAUCCGGUUGGGUUGGCUGCUGGUACUACGGCUGUCGUGGGAGCUACCAUCCAGAGUUCUACUGCCAAUGCAAUUCGGGCUGUGUCAGGUAUGGGAAUUGCUGUGGAGACUUCAGCCGCAAGUGUUGGUGGAUGGCACGUCCCAAGCCGCGCCCACGACCAAAGCCCAGACCGAAGCCCAGACCACGACCACAGCCACAGCCACAACCAUCUCCGCCACCCACACCAUCAUGGUCUCCUUCUCCACCCUCUGGCGGCUUGGUGACGGUGUAUCAUCAAACCAGCCCACAAGCCUGCCAGGCUAUUCUCAAAUCCAGCUUCCGUCCUGGUUCGGAUGGGCUUUGUGGCGGAGCCAUCUACUUUGCAAUGUCUCCCGAGGCGACGAAGACCAAGGCGAUCCAAAGUGGCUGCGUCAUUGAGGCGAAAGUCGAUGUUGGCCGGGUGAAGUACGAAGGCCCUAGGUGUGGGCACAAAUGGAACAAGGGUGAGCUGAAGUCGGAGGGAUAUGAUUCCAUUGAAUUUGACCCUGGUGACGGAAAAGAAGUGGUGAUUUUCGAUAGCUGGAGGGUCAAGAGCAUGAAGGAGAUUAGAUACAAUCCGGCAUGGAAGCCAGAAUAUCGAGUCCGAUAGCAUAGCCGGCGACUUUCUGGCGGAAGCAACCAAAUCCUGAAAGCCGAGGUUUAGUCUAGGCCAGGGUGAAUCCUCAAAGACCCUGAAAGCCUACAACCAUGAAGGACGACUCUUUUGAAUAUAGACUUGAGAUCUUCCCUCACAAAAGAGCCACGCUUCCAAAGUGUUUUGUGCACCUGACAAUGCAAUGAACC